CCUGAACACGAGAGAUUCUGCAAAUGCUGGAAAUCCAGAGCAACACAUAUAGAAGUCAGGCAGCAUCUAUGGAAAGGAAGAAAGAGCCGACGUUUCGAGCCGAGGCCUUUCAUCAGGACUGACCUCAGGAUGCUAUUGAGUAUUCUCAACAUUUUCUAUUUUUUGCUAUAUAGUGAGUAGAAUGCCCCGUCCUGCUACCAAUGCACUGGCUGAUACUUUUGGAAAGGAGUUUGCAAACAUUCCGCAUAAACGGCUUGGAGUGUUUUGUCCCAGUCAGGAUACUGUAGUGACUGCCAUUUCCCCGCCUCCUGCCCAAUGGCGAUGACGUCAUCGAACAGAAUGUUUACAUUGUAGCCGAAACUCUCCGCGUUCGAUACAGUAUUUUGUUGGAUGGUUACACUGCUUCCUCGAGGUGUCCGUCCACGGCAAUUGCAACCUGGUUAAUUAGGGAGAUCUGGCUCAUCGGUGCGAGGAUGAACUGUAGAUCCCAGACUCUGGAGCUGACGGUAGAAGCCAGACAGAUCGAGGAGACGGUGCUGGCGGUCCUCCACACCGUGCUUCUCCAUAGGAGCUCGGGGAAAUUCCAUUACAAGAAGGAGGGCACCUACUCGAUCGGCACUGUGGGCACCGAAGAUGUCGACUGCGACUUCGUCGAUUGCACCUACGUGAGAGUGUCUUCGGACGAGCUGGACCGCACAUUGCGCAGAUCAGUAGGCGAGUUUAAGGAUGCUCUUCGUAACUCUGGCAGUGAUGGGAGCGGUCAGAUUUCCCUGGAAUUCUACCAGAAGAAGAAGUCACGCUGGCCGUUCUCUGAUGAGUGUAUCCCGUGGGAGAUGUGGACCUUCAAACUCAAUGUGGUGAACUUGGCUAAUGAGCAGGAGAGGCAAAUCUGCAGGGAGAAGGUGGGCGAGAAACUGGGCGAGAAGAUCAUCAACAUUAUAGAGGUGAUGAACAGACACGAGUACCUGCCCAAAAUGCCCACACAGUCGGAGGUGGACAAUGUCUUUGAUACGAGUUUAAGAGACGUUCAACCCUAUCUGUACAAAAUUACCUACCAGAUCACUGAUUCUCUUGGAACAUCUGUUAGUACCACCAUGAGGAGAUUGAUCAAGGACACCCUGGCUUUAUAACCUAGCAAAUAAUUAUCAGGAAACAUCCUGUUGCACUUUUUAAUUUACUUCCCUUAGCAGUUUGCUUUUGGUGUUUUAUUUCCUUCAGACAACUUUUAAGUGUCUGCCCAUUUUAAAAUCUCAUGGAAUGAGCUGUGCAAUAUCUUUCAAAUUUUUAUAUUGUUUGUGUUGCCCAGCAGAAAGGUGAUAAAUAUAUUUAUUUUGUUACAUGCUCAAAGAUGGUCAGAAAACUGUAUUAAGUUGCUGGAAAAGGCUCCAGAAAGGAGAAACACUGACUGUUCUUAACUGGUGAGAAUUUCCUCUCAGAUCCCUGGAAAACAUCUUGCAUAUAUAGACGAUGAAACAGCCAGUGACAUUAGUAGUGUCAUUCAGAGAAGAAAGCCUAUCUGGUAUUUGUUCAAUAGGUAACCAUUAAAAGAUGGUUGCUAGCAUCUGUGAAAUAGUGCCCUAGCAUUAGUUCCCCUCUCACGGAGAAAAUGGAAGAAGGGGUGACAGAGAGUGGUAAAGAGAAGCUAAAAGUUAUAGCAAUUAAAUUUAAAGUAUUAGUGUGCGUAUGGUAUUCUGAAGUGGAGUUUGGAAAUAAUGUUUUAAUUUUCAAAUAAUCUAUUGUGAUAAAACCAAAUAAACAGUAAGUCUAUUUGGAUUAUUUGUUUACUUGAGUGGUUAAAUUGUGGUUCUAGACAGGUCACCUGUGUUGACAGUGUACAGGUCUAGAGUCAUUUAUCACUGCAGCAAAACUUUUACACCAUUUAAUCUCAUAAAAGAAAUUGGGAAGGAAAUGCUGGGAAGAUGGCAUUUGUAAAGAGAGUAUCAAAGCCUUAGCACUGACACGGUCAAUGGACCUGGUUACGUGGGCAGGGUCAGUCAUUCUCUAUGUUAUCGUCAUGAAGGGCUUGUGCACUUCCUGUGUUAAUUUCAAUAAUUUGCAUUUAUACAGUGAAUAUAUCCAAUAAAUUACUUAAUGGCAUGAAUACAAAUUAGACAUAGUUUCCAUACUGGAAAGGUUAAUGAGCUGUUUCUUUUUCACAUACCAAGCUUUCUAAUAUGCAUAGAAACGCAGAGGCUCACUUACAGUGGAACUAAAUUUCUCUUUACAUGCUCUUGGGAGUACCUAAUCACUAGUCUCUGUCUAUGGCUUUGCGUAUUCAGAAAGGCCUACCGGUUCUUAUCCAGUUAAAGCUGCCCAGUCCAUGCAGCACAAAUUCACUGCUAGAGAUAAGACCAUAAGAUCUACUAUAACCCGCUAACAAGUAGGUUGGUUCAAUUUUGAGAGUCUAGGUAUCACUUUUCUGAUGUUGGAGAAGCAGGAUGUAGUUCCGAAAUUCAACUUACAAAUAUGCCAUCUUCAAACCAUCUCAACUCCAAAGAUGUCCCUCCUCCUUCCAACCUACUGGUGCAUCACUGGGCAUUUAACAAGCAUUAGGGUUUCAUAGGCAGCCAGAAGAAGCCAUCAGUAAAUUGAGAUUGAACAGCCAAUAUCUUGAAUUCUGUUAAACCUUGAUGUCCUUAUCUCUAAUUGAUAAACAAUCAUACCUCACUGGAAAUAUAUGUUGGAAGUUGCCAAAUUCUCAUACAUAACCUCCAGAUGUGGCUUAUCCAGCACCUUCUACUGAAGGUUGUAUUAAGGUGAUCAAUAGUCCAAAUUUAGUCAUGAGAUUGCUGUGUUGAGUUUUCUGACUUUCAGUUGAUUUGCAACCAGGUGUGUUACAGUUGAUCUAGAGCAGGGGUUCCCAACUUGGGGUCCACGGACCUCUUGCUUAAUGGUUCAUGGCAUAAAGAAGGUUGGGAACUCCUGGUCUAGAGCCUUGUGGCACAACAAACACCUUUGAGUGUUAUCCAGUAUCUCUUGCUACACAGUGCAGGUUUGCUGAUAAGCAGGCUGCCACUAUGCCAAUUUUGCAGUCAAAAGGCUUACUGUGGGCAGUUGCAUGAUUUGGAUGUUGCUGAAUUGUAACACUAGAAGAAGCCAGUGCCUUCAGAAAAGGAAUGAAGGGAAAAGUGAGUGCAGAGUGGUAAGCUAUGCUUAAAUCUUUAAAGAUUAAAUUAUGAAUAUUCUUGCAGAAGUUAACAACUUCACCAAGACAGACAUACACGAGACAAGUGAUGUUAAUUGUAAGAUUUAGCUAUAAAUGUUAUGUGAGAUGUUUAAAUAGGAUUUGUACAGCACAACGAUGA